GCGACUGGAUAUCGCCAGUCUUCCACGCUUGAUUGAACUGAACUUUGAUCUGUUCAAUCAGUUAGAUCCCAGAAACUUCCAAAACACAAGUCAAAAUCCGCCCCUUCCCCCUCUCCUUCCUCUCCAAGUUCCUCUCUCUCUCUCUCGACGCAAAAUCUAUAGAUACACUUGACCCGCCAUUGAGAAUCUGCUACACCUUGAAUGCCGGAGAAGAACGGCAGCUGAUCGAUUGUCCCAACAAUGUGCGGGAUCUUCGCCUACCUGAAUUACAACGUCAACAGGGAGAGGCGCUUCGUUCUCGAAGUUCUCUUCAAUGGCCUCAGGCGCUUGGAGUACAGAGGCUACGACUCCGCCGGCAUCUCCAUUGACGCUUCCAAUUCCCCCUCCUCCCUUUCUCUUUCUCCUCCUCUUGUCUUCCGCCAAGAAGGAAACAUCGAAUCGCUUGUGAAAUCGGUCUACCAAGAGGUUGCUACUACCGAUCUGAAUUUGGAGGAAUCAUUUUCUGUUCAUGCUGGAAUAGCACAUACCAGGUGGGCAACACAUGGGGAGCCAGCUCCAAGGAAUAGUCACCCUCAGACAUCUGGCUCUGGAAAUGAGUUUGUAGUUGUUCAUAAUGGAGUUGUCACCAAUUAUGAGGUGUUAAAGGAAACCUUACUCCGACAUGGCUUCACCUUUGAAUCUGAAACAGAUACAGAAGUGAUUCCAAAGCUUGCAAAAUUUGUUUUUGACAAAGCCAAUGAAGAAGGUGACAAGACUGUUACCUUCAGUCAAGUUGUGCUUGAAGUUAUAAGGCAUCUUGAGGGAGCAUAUGCUCUUAUAUUCAAAAGCCGACAUUACCCAAAUGAAUUGAUUGCUUGUAAGCGUGGUAGCCCACUGCUCCUUGGUGUCAAAGAGUAUGGUGAAGAAACAAGCUCUGGUCCAUCUUUUCAUGAUGUUAACUUUCUUAAGAAGGAUGAGCAACCCAAAGAAUUCUUCUUAUCUAGCGAUGCCAAUGCAUUAGUUGAACACACAAAGAAGGUUUUGGUAAUAGAGGAUGGUGAACUUGUACACUUGAAGGAUGGAGCUGUUUCAAUCCUCAAGUUUGAUCACAAAGGAAAACACAGUGGCAGUCUUGUUAGACCUGCUUCGGUGCAACGUGCACUAUCAUUUCUUGAUAUGGAGGUUGAGCAAAUAAAUAAAGGAAAUUAUGAGCAUUAUAUGCAGAAAGAAAUCCAUGAACAACCAGAAUCUCUAAGAACGACAAUGAGAGGGAGACUUAUACGUGGAGGUUCGUGCAAAGCUAAAACUGUUCUUUUGGGUGGACUGAAGGAUCACCUAAAAACUAUCAGGAGAAGCAGACGUAUAGUUUUUAUUGGAUGUGGCACCAGCUAUAAUGCUGCUUUAGCAGCAAGACCCAUAUUAGAAGAACUUUCUGGUAUUCCUGUUACAAUGGAGAUUGCAAGUGAUCUGCUGGAUAGGCAGGGACCAAUAUAUAGAGAAGAUACGGCUGUUUUUGUUAGUCAAUCUGGCGAAACUGCAGAUACAUUAAAUGCAUUAGAGUAUGCAUUAGAGAAUGGUGCUUUAUGUGUUGGAAUUACAAACACAGUUGGUAGUGCAAUUGCCAGGAACACGCACUGUGGUGUUCACAUUAAUGCUGGUGCUGAGAUUGGUGUGGCUAGUACCAAGGCCUAUACAAGUCAAAUAGUAGUGAUGGCUAUGUUGGCACUAGCUAUUGGCGAUGAUGCAAUAUCCAGUCAAGGAAGAAGAGAGACCAUAAUUGAUGGGCUAUGUGAAUUGCCAGGCAAAGUCAGAGAGGUUCUGAAGCUUGACCAGGAAAUGAAGGAUCUUGCAAAACUAUUGAUUGCUGAGCAGUCCCUACUUGUUUUUGGGCGAGGGUACAACUAUGCAACUGCCCUUGAGGGGGCCUUGAAAGUGAAGGAGGUGGCACUUAUGCACAGUGAAGGAAUUCUUGCGGGUGAAAUGAAACAUGGCCCUUUGGCUCUGGUUGAUGAAAAUCUUCCAAUUGUUGUUAUUGCUACCCGUGAUGCUUGUUUCAGUAAGCAACAAUCAGUUAUUCAGCAACUUCAUGCCCGGAAAGGCCGACUUAUUGUGAUGUGUUCGAAAGGGGACUCAGCAUCUGUGUGUGUGGGUGGUUCUUGUAGAGUAAUUGAAGUUCCUCAGGUUGAGGAUUGUCUUCAACCCGUAAUAAAUGUAGUUCCAUUGCAGUUGUUGGCCUAUCAUCUAACCGUUCUGCGCGGCUACAAUGUUGACCAGCCACGCAAUCUUGCAAAGAGCGUGACAACCCAGUGAGGUAGCUUUAUCCCAAUGUUCCUUUGAUUUUAGAAUGUGUAAAGGCUUGAUUUUUUAAACUGAACCCAUUACCUUCUCUAUUUAUGCCCUUCCUAACCUUAGUAAUAUAUAUCCGUUGCUUCGGUAUUGCGACCAUGUGGUCUUGCACAGCUCAACGUACUCAUCUCUAUCGUUCAUUAUUACAAUAAUAUAUGGUUAGUUGAUUGACUUACAGUUGACGCAAUGCCUCCCAGUAGUGAUAACAAAUUAGAAGUUAUGGUUUUUACUCAUUGAAACAAAGUACUGAGGUGAAGAGCUUCAUGGUACCUGCAAGAGAUACUUUUUUCCGUUUAUUUAAGAUCCAAAUGCUUAAGCCGAGAUUGGCGCUUCAGGAAUUGAAUUGAAUUGAAUUGUUAUGGAAUCUUUGUGUGUCAAGUUCACCAGUCAUGCCCAUCUGGAAUAGGAUUGUUUGCUGCAAUGCAACAACGCACAUGAAGACAAACCCUUAAUCCCCAAUACAUGGGUUAACUACAUGAAUUUCAAUUCGGUGAUUAAUGACUUCAUCUUCUACAAGGCCUUCAUCUCUCUCAUAUUAGAGACUGAUAGUAUGGUCACAUUCAUCAAUGUUGCAAGCAGAGGACUAGCAAGAACAUCUACAUUGCAUAAUUAUAAGGGUUCGGACACAGGAGAUGGAUAAUAUAACAUGCCAUUUACCUUAGAUUGCAAUGAAUGGUUUAUAACUCUAGGUACACUUUGAAUGAAAUAGAAAGACAGCAAAACUGGAAAGCAUCCACACAGACCAAGCGUUGCCAUCAUCAUUUGUACAAAACUGAAUCAAUACAAGCACCACUUGUCUUUGUGCCCAAUUCAAUCUCUUAUCUUCUGGACUCCAACCCAACGUGCAUAAUCCACCCACCUGUCCAUCCAAUAAUAACACAAAAAUGAAUUUUCCACAUCGAAAAUAGAACACUAAAAAGAAUCAAAAAGUCAUGUUAGCAAUUCUUACAUCAAGGACCCCAAGAAUGUGUUGCCAGUACGAACAGCAAAGCACAUUGCACCGAGUACAACCUUAUGUUGGUGUAACAAAGGUUCUAACAUCCGCUGUUCAAUAACUCCGGCUAGAACUUGGUACCUGCGAAGAACAAAAUGAAUUGCAAGACCCUGGAAUCAAUCGCACGAACUGCUGAGCAAAAGGGCAAUUAUCAACUGCGUCUCAUUCUGACCUAGUUUGCUUAUUAGAUGAAGACAAUGCUGGUUUUGGAAAUUCACGUACCUAAGGUUGCUAGACACUGCCAUGUAGACACCAUAGGCAAUACUGGUUGACAAUACCGGUACAUCCUCAGCUUCACCGGCAAAAGUUUUAUCAAUAGCCUUUCGAACAUUGAUCAAGGCAUUUGUCACACCCGUACCAACC